AGCGAGAGGACAUGGAGGCACUCAGAGAGACUUAAAGGAGCUUUUAUAUAAGGGCUUUUAUUUAGAAAUGCGUAGUACAUCUUCAUAUUUAUAUUUGUUUGAGUUUCUUUGAUCUCUACGAUGUUUCCCUUAGUGACAGUGGCGGUCUUUGGGGUCAUCAUGGGGAUGACUGUUACACCGGGCAACACGGCGCGGGUCGUCAGCGGUCAGACGGUGUGUUUGGGGGGUCCGGACCAACCCUGCUAUAAGAUCGCUUACUUCCACGAUGUGACGAGUCGUGUUGCGUUCAGGGAAGCUCGUCAGGCCUGUGAGAUGGAUAGGGGGGAACUGAUCAGCAUCCAGAGUCCGGAGGAGCAGAGAGACAUCGAGAACCUGCUUCAGGAUCUGCGUUCCGGAGCAGUGGGGGGGCUAGAAGGGAUCUCUGACGGGGAUUUCUGGAUUGGUCUGACACGUGUGGACGGGACUCUGAACCCUGAACUCAGCAACACCUUCACUUCCUGUCCACACCUAUACAGCUGGGGACCGACGGGAAGCCCCGCAUCCUUCAGGAACUGGUAUUUUGAUGAGCCGUCCUGUGGGGGGGAAUCCUGCGUUGUGAUGUACCAUCAGCCCACAGCUCCUGGUCUGGGCGGGGCUUAUCUCCACCAUUGGAACGACGACCGCUGCAACAUGAAGCACAACUUCAUCUGCAAAUAUCAACCAGAGAGCCAUGUUGUGAAGGAACCUGUUGAAACACCUGGGGGGCGAGGUUCAGAGUCGACUGCAGGUGGAGGUUUGGUCCGAGCUUCAGGCAGCGAAGACAGCCCCCCACAGGUCACCAUGGCGGGGGCUUCUGGCAUGCUGCUGGUAUACGUCAUAAUACCCACAAUCCCGCUGCUGCUGCUCAUCCUGGUGGCUUCUGGGAGUUGUUGUUUCCAGAUGCUCAGCAGGAGUUCACCCCGCACUAAGAUGGCCCCCCCCACCCAGUCCACCCUCUGGAUCUCCAGGACGCAGAAACCAGAGAGCAUGGAGGUGUGACAUCAUCAGUGACAUCACGGCUCAGCUCAUCACAUUUAUUGAUCAGAGACUGGGGGGCGGGGCUUUGAGAGGACGAUGAUGUCAUCGCACAGGAGUUUAUGUUGUGUGUGUGUGUGUGAGCGUUAAAAA